CGCGAAUCAAGGUACCGCAAUUUCCAUCCUAUACAAGAACAGAAAGUCGCGCGGUGUGAAAGUUAGUUUCUAGUCAUUCCGCAUGCCCUUCUCUCGGUCCGACUAUUCUCCGAUCUCCCCCGCCAAAAGUUACCUCGCACUCCGACCAGCUCCCAUUCCCAGUUCAAGAUACCCCACAACCGCAAUCGCAAUGCCGUACUUCAAGACGAGUACAGAGUGGUACGAGCAGUCUUCUCUACUGCUCAAAGCCCGUCCGACCACCACACGCAUAACCUCCAAAUACACCGUUCUAAAACCAACCCCCUCGAAAAUAAAAAAGCGCCAAAAGUAUCUCGACAAACAAGCGGCGAAACUCGCCGACCCGUCGCGCACUUCCUCACCACCUCCUUCAUCCGCGCAGAACCCCGAAGAACCAACCACAACAUUCGCACUAAAGACGUAUGAUCCGGAGUCAGGCACAUGCUUGCAGUAUGAAACGACGAAGGCAGCGGAGGUUGGCAGGUUGAUCGGGAGUUUGGGAAGGUUGGGCAGGCAUAUGGCGGCGUUGCCGGAGGUCUUGGAGGAUUUGAGUGCGCCGGCUGAGGGGACGGGAUUGGCGACGCCGAGGAUAGAGGACGAUAUUAAGGUAGGUGGAAUGGGCGAGGGGAAGGCUGGUGGUACAGGAGGGGGCGGAGGGGGUGGGAAGAAGAAGAAGAAGGGAAAGAAAUGA